AUGUCAUUCGCCAUCAAAAAUUCGAUAUUCAAUCAAUUUGAGAAUUUAUUUUGUAGAUUCAACUCUAUCAAUUCCCAAAAGAGGAGACAAAUGAAAUAUUUCCGUUUAUUAGUUAGACCACAAAACACUCAUUGUAGUAAAAGAAGAUUAGUUAAAUCUUACAACUCUGAUAUCACAUUCGCAUUGCAUUUAGAAAAAUCGAAUCGAUUUUCAGGUCACCUCUUAAAGACACCACUACCACCCACUCUUUCAAAAUUUACUGCAAUCAGUAAUACUGGAUAUCCAACUACAUUACUGUCGUCGUCAACUUAUCAGAGUAAACACCCAUCAACCACAACCGCCAUUCCAUCACUACCACUACUUCCACCACCACUACUACCACCACCAUCAAGCCAGACUCGUCAAAAACAUCAAGCCAUAGCACACUCUCAGAGUGUCGAGGCCUACCUGACCAAACCCAUCAAAACUAUCUGUCUAACAAUCAGACAAAUCCAAACAGUUCAAUUGCAAUCAGCCAAUCGAUCGUGUUUAUUAUCACCCCAACCACUCUCAUAUAUUUAUAUUUAUAUUCCAAACAUGUCCAAUAACAAUAAUAAUAAUAAUAAUAGCCAUCAUCAGAAAAUGAAUCAACAAGGCUAUCCAAAUCCACUACAACACUCUCAGGAUUCAUCGAUGGAUUAUCAACAACCCACUCCACAGCAAGCACACUAUCCUAUGCAACAACCAGCCAGCUUCUCUGUGGAUUAUAUAUAUCAACAACAAAUGCUUCUUCAACAACAGGAGCAAUCUCAACAACAUAUUCAUAUGCAUCCACAACCUCAACAACAAUAUCAGCAACCUGGACAUACACAACAACAACAACACCAUCACCAAUUUCAUAAAAGUGAUUCAACGUCAGAGUUGGAUGUAGCAAUGUCUAACGUUGAGAUGGACAGUGAAGAUGAAAACGAAGAGUAUCAAACCAAUGAAAAUUUAAACCAGUCAACUACACAGAUUUCACAUCCUCCUCCGCCAACCACAACACCAUCACCGCCACCACACAUUCAGCACACACCAACUCCACAUGUUCCUCACCAAAUUGUAGAAUAUCCAGUCACUGGCUACCACCAAUAUCCACACCACUCAUAUAUACAUCAUGGAAUUUCCUAUGCACAAUACCCAAAUGUGUCCAAUCGACAAGCUACAACACCGUCGUCUACAUCUACCAAUACAACACCACCAACUACACCAACUGGCCAAACCUAUCAAUAUUCAUACUACCAGCCACAUGCCAACAUGAAAGCAUACGGUGGAUAUCAUCACAUUCACCAUCCACAUCCACAACAAGCAACUGAGUUACACCCUUCUUUCCACCCAUCUUCACUGCAAGUUCCUCAACACCAUAUACAACAACCAACCUCGCCAGAUCGGUCACCUCGAAUCCUCAAACAAUCACCUAGGCACCAUCCAACUCAAGACAUAUAUCGACAAUCACUUUCCAAAUCCACCAUUGAGUUUCCAUCAUACUAUUACUCAUCGGAGCACCCACAACACCCAUCGUAUUACUCACCACCAUUAACACCACACCAUCACCAACAACCUUCCUACUACAAUCAAUAUAUACAAACACCUCCUCCCAUGUCAUUAUAUUACACUCCUCCCUCCACACCACACAGCUCAACCACCACCACCACCAAUAACAAUCCAUCAGAAGACAAUUCAACCAACAACAGUACCUGUAGUUCUACCUCUUCUUCAUCCUCCUCGAUAGCACCACCUCCUUCCACAUCCUCAACUUCCACUAACAACAAUCCAACUACCUCGACCACCACCACCACCACCACCAACAAUAAUUCAACAAAAAAGAGUGGUACCAACAUUCCACCUCUACAUCUAAAGAAAGCACUUGGUCACACCAAUAAACUACCCCACUCACCAACACAUCACCACCAACUUUCACCUACUCACAUGCAUUUGAACUCGUCAAACUCGCCACCACUGACGCCACCUUUGACACCAACCUCCAAUGUUCCACUGACGCCAACUCAUCCCUACAUACUACAACAACUACAACAAAGACUACAAGCAGAGGCAGAGUCAACACCGAUGUCUCCACAUUUCUAUCACAGUCCACAACAAUCACCAGUAUCCACUCCACCUCUUACACCACCCAUCAUUGGAUUCGGCUCACCAAUGAACUCACCUCGCAAUCCCAACUCGCCACGUCUCGAUAUCAUGAACAUACAGAUGUCACAUCUACAACAGCACAAGCGACAAUACGAAGCAAUGAUGCACAGUGCACUCGUCGGACUCUGGGAAGGCAUUGAAAACGAACUGGAAGAAGUCGAACCAGUCUCAAAGAACCACAUCAUACCAUUGGCAAGAAUUAAAAAGAUAAUGAAAAUGGAUUCUUCUGUUAAAAUGAUAAGUGCAGAUGCACCUAUUAUAUUUGUAAAAGCAUGUGAAUUGUUUAUUUUAGAGUUGACCACAAGAUCUUGGGUACAUACAGAGAUAGGAAAGCGUAGAACAUUACAAAAAUCAGAUAUUGUUCAUGCUAUUGCUCGUAAUGAUUGUUUUGAUUUCCUCAUUGACAUUGUGCCACGAGAUGAAAUCAAACCAAAGAAACCUGAAGAGCCUGUAAAAUCUACAUUCAUGGGUUCACAAGAAGGUCUGCAGUACAUGCAAUAUCUUCACCUACAAAUGUAUUUACAAGAGAAUAAGAAACAGAGUGCCAUUAAAAUAGAUUCUGUAGCAGCAAAGAAUUCAACAUCAUUCUUAAUGUAUAGAGGUAGUAAGUCAAAGAAGUUGUUGGGUGGUGGAAGUAAUAUUGGUAGUGGUAACAAAAUUGGAGGUCACAGUAAAUCGAGUAGUAGUCAUAACUUGAGAGAAUCUCUACAAGUCAAAGAUGAAGACACAGGUGAUGAAAGUGAUGAUGAAGAGGAAUAUGAUGAUGAAGAAUGA